UGGAAGUGAGGUUACGAGACCGACCCGAUCCAUCUACAGCGAAGCCUGGAAGCCCCCGCUUUCUCCGUCGUCUUGGACCCCUGCUCCCUUCUCGAGGGUUUGAAGUCCGAUCGGAGACAUGGCCUGGUUCUUGGCAGCCAUCGCUGUGUCGAUCUCGUUCUGGGUGAUAUCUUUGUCGAGAAUCCUGUCUUCUUCUUCUUGCGUUCCUUCGAAUCCUCCGUUCUUCCGUACUGGAUCCGGCAAGAAGAGGAAUGUCCUGUUGGUUAUCGCCCAUCCCGAUGACGAAUCGAUGUUUUUUGCCCCAACAAUUCUUUUCUUGAAUUCAGAAGGACAUAAUAUUCAUAUUUUGUGCAUCUCAACUGGUAAUGCCGAAGGUGUUGGAAAUAAUCGUAAAGUAGAAAUUUACAGGGCAUGUGCUAUAUUAAAGCAGAUUCCACUACAACAAGUAAAGGUCCUGGACCAUCCCUGUUUGCAGGAUGGAUUCAAGAACACUUGGGACCAUGAACUAUUGGCAAGACUUAUUGAAGAUGAAAUUAAAGUGCGGGAUAUUGACUCACUGAUUACGUUUGAUGAUUUUGGAGUGUCAGGUCAUCCAAAUCACCGUGAUGUUCAUCAUGGAAUUCGCAUGCUCCUAUCUGCCAAUAAGCAAAGGAAAUUUGAGGCCUGGGAACUUGUCAGCCGAAGCAUUUUUCGCAAAUAUACUGGCCCUUUGGAUGUGUGGUUAUCGAUUGUUUCAUCUUCAUAUUAUCGACAGACACAAAUCUAUUGUUUACUCAACAAUCGUCCAUCCAAAAGUUAUCUUGCAAUGGCUGAGCACCAAAGCCAAUGGGUUUGGUUUAGGAAGUUAUUUGUGCUCUUCUCCAGUUACACCUACAUGAAUACGCUGCAGAAGAUUAUUGACUUGGAGUAAAGGACACCCACGAGGUGAUUUGCUUCCUUUCAGAUCCUCUAUAUAUGGUGACCACUCCUGUCAUGCCGAGAGACUAAUAAUGCCUUGUAAUAUUUUUUGAGCUUUAAAUGGAUUUUUACCUCUGUAUCAUAUCCAAUGUUCAGUUGCAUUAUUGUCUA